AUUCCACUGUGCAAGUUUAUCAAAACAAGUCUCAAGUUUUCAUGGAUUUAGAAAAUUUAUAAUUCAUUUGUAUAUAUAAAAAAUUACCCAAUAUAGCCAUGGAUAUUAAAUACACAGUGGGUGACUUUGUUUGGAUUAAUGGAACAUCCCAAGGUGAAUUUAAUGUUCCUCAAGGCUGUAAAAUUGUUGGUAUGGUUGGAAAAACAUUCCAGGUUCAAAAUGAUGAUGACAAGGUGUUGACUAUAAAUUCAAAUCAAAUAAUUAAACAAAUGCAUCCAACGUCAAUUUCAAGUGUAGAAGAUAUGAUUAAAUUAGGUGAUUUACAAGAAUAUGCAAUAUUAAAAAAUCUUCAUAUACGUUAUCGUAAAAAUAAUAUCUACACAUACACUGGUAAUAUGCUUGUUGCAAUAAAUCCAUAUGAAAUAUUAAAUAUAUAUACAAAAAAUGAACUAUCAAUUUAUAGAAAUAAAAAAAUUGGUGAUGAAUCACCUCAUAUAUUUGCAAUUGGUGAUAAUUGUUUCACCGAAAUGAUGAAAAAUAAUAUUAAUCAGUGUAUUGUAAUAAGUGGUGAAAGUGGAGCUGGAAAAACUGAAAGUACAAAAUUAAUACUUCAAUAUUUAGCUGCAAUAUCUGGUGAACAUUCAUGGAUUGAACAACAAAUACUUGAAGCAAAUCCAAUUCUCGAAGCAUUUGGUAAUGCCAAGACAAUACGUAAUGAUAACUCAUCAAGAUUUGGAAAAUAUAUUAGUAUUAAAUUUAAUAAAAAUGGUAAUAUUGAAGGAGCUAAAAUUGAACAAUAUUUACUUGAAAAAUGUCGUCUAGUUUAUCAAUCUGAUGGUGAACGUAAUUAUCAUAUAUUUUAUGCACUUUUAAAUGGUCUUACAAAAGAAGAAAAAAAAACAAUUGGUCUUGAAACAAGUAAUAAUUAUAAAUAUUUAUGUAAUGGUAUGAUAAAAUGUCAUGAUAGAAAUGAUACCAAAGAAUUUACAAAUGUUAAAGCAGCUUUAAAAAUAUUAAAUUUUACAGAUGAUGAAAUUUGGAGUAUCAUUAAAUUGUUAUCUGUUAUUUUACAUAUUGGAAAUAUAAAAUAUAAAUCAGUUGUUAUAUCAAAUAUUGAUGCAGUUGAAAUAAUUGAUGAUAUAAAUAUUAAAUUAAUUUGUAAUAUAUUAAAAGUUAAUAAUGAUAUAUUAAAACAAUCAUUAAGUAAAAAAACAAUUUUUGCAUAUGAAGAAAGAGUUGAAAGUAAUUUAUCAAUAACACAAGCAAUUGAAAUAAGAGAUGCAUUUGUUAAAGCAAUUUAUGAACGUUUAUUUAUAAUGAUUAUUGAUAAAAUAAAUAAUACAAUAUAUAAAAAAAAUAUUAAAGAUAAUAAUUCAAUUGGUGUACUUGAUAUAUUUGGUUUUGAAAAUUUUUAUAAUAAUAGCUUUGAACAGCUUUGUAUUAAUUAUGCAAACGAACACUUGCAACAAUUUUUUGUUCAUCAUAUAUUUAAAUUAGAACAAGAAUUUUAUACAAAUGAAGGAAUAAUUUGGAAGCAUAUUAAUUUUAUUGAUAAUCAAUUAGUCUUGGAUCUUAUUGGUAUCAAGUCAUCAAAUAUUAUGGCUUUAAUUGAUGAAGAGAGUAAAUUUCCAAAAGGUAAUGAUAAUACAUUGCUUGAUAAAUUACAUCAAAUACAUUUAAAUAAUGUUAAUUAUUUAAAGCCAAAAUCAGAUUCUGUAAAAGCAUUUGGUAUUUGUCAUUUUGCUGGUUCAGUAAAUUAUAAUGUUAAUGGAUUUUUAGAAAAAAAUCGUGAUACAUUUUCAGCUGAUUUAAAACAGUUGGUUACUGUAUCUGAUAAUGAAUUUUUAAAAAUGAUUUUUAAACAAGAUUUUGAUGUAUCUUUUAUUGAUGGAAAAAAAAAAUCAUUAUCAGUUUCAUUGGAGUUUAGAAACUCGUUGGAAUUAUUGAUGAAAACUUUGGAAGCAUGUAAUCCAUUUUUUGUAAGAUGUAUUAAACCAAAUGAAGAAAAAAAAGCUGGUAUAUUUGAUAGAGAACUUUGUUGUCGUCAAUUGAGAUACUCGGGAAUGAUGGAAACAGCUAAAAUUAGAAAAGCUGGUUAUCCAAUUAGACAUGGAUAUCCUGAUUUUGUUGAACGAUUUAAAUUUAUUGUUAAAAAAAGAAUUGAUGGUAAUUUGAGAGCUACUGCUGGUGUAAUUUGUUCAAGUGUAUUUGGAAAUAAUAGAGAAGGAAUAGAUUAUCAACUUGGUAAUACAAAAAUAUUUCUUCAAGAAGAAAAAGAAAUUAUUUUGGAAAGAGAAAGAAGUAUGAUUUUACAAAAAAGUAUUUUAAUUAUUCAACGUACUGUUAGAACAUGGAUCGUAAGAAAAAGAUACUUGAAUAUAUUGAAAUCUGUUGUACUGAUUCAACGAAUUUGGAAGGGUUACAAGUUGAGAAAAAAAUAUGCAAAAUUAAAAUUAGGAUAUGAAAGAUUGCAAGCUCGUAUUCGAUCGAGAAUUUUACAGAGACAAUUUCAAAAUAAAAGAAAAAUUAUUAUAGCAAUUCAGGCACUUUGUCGAGGUAAUCUUGCACGAAUUCUCUUCAAGAAAAAAUUACAGUGGAAACACACUAAGAUGUUAGAGAAUCAAAAGCUUUUAAUUGCCGAUGAAAAAACCCUCAAAGAAACUGGAGAAAUUGAAUGGAAAAUUAUAGCUGAAAAAAAAAUGAAUGAACGAAUUGCAGAGCUUCGUAAAACAUUGUCGAAUUUCGAAAUAAAUGAAAAUGAAAAUUUCGAAAAAGAAACAACAGACAAUAAUAUUGAUGAUAUUUUUGAUUUUUUACCAAAUGAUAGAAAAGUAUCAAUUAAUAAUCAAAAUUUACCUGGUGAUAUUUAUGCAGACUUGUCGAAAGAGAAAAAAAUUUCUGAAGAUACAAAGAGUGUUUUAAAAAUGUCUAAAGAAGCAUCAACAACUUUGGAUUUUUCAAUUUAUCAUUUUAGCAAAUUUGCAGCAAUGUACUUUGCCUCUAAUGUGACUGCUCAAUAUUCUCAAAAAAUUUUAAAACAAGCAAUUCUUGAUUUACCAUUACCAGCAGAUCAUUUAUCAGCAACAUCAGUUUGGAUAACAAUAUUACGUUUUAUGGGUGAUCUAUCAGAGCCUCGAAAUCCAAUUGAAGUACCUGCAAAUAAAACUGUAAUGUCAACUGUUACAGAAACAUUAUCAAAGAGCUUUGCACUUUCAAAAGAUUAUCAUAAUUUAAUGUAUCAAGAAAGAAAUGAAAAACGUAUUAUAAGAAUGACCUUGAAAAGACAAAAUAAAUUUAGUGAUGAUAUUCGUAAAGGUAUCAUUGAAGAUGAAUUUAUAAAUCAUAGUUAUAAAAAUUGGCUAAAUACACGUAGAACAAAUUUAGAAAAACUUCAUUUUAUAAUUGGACAUGGAAUACUUCGUUCUGUUCUUCGUGAUGAAAUUUAUUGUCAAAUUGUUAAACAAUUAAUAAAUAAUCCAUCAAAAAGUUCACAUGCAAGAGGAUGGAUAUUAUUGUCAUUAUGUUUAAGUUGUUUUCCACCAAGUCAACGUUUUAUAAAUUAUUUACGAACAUUUAUUAAUUCUGGUCCACCUGGUUUUGCAUCAUAUUGUGAUAUUAAAUUAACAAGAACAUAUAAAAAUGGUGCUAGAAAACAACCACCAAGUUGGCUUGAACUUGAUGCAACAAAAACUAAAAAGCCAAUAUUUUUAAAUAUCAUUUUUAUGGAUGGAAAUACAAAAAUAAUUGAAGCUGAUUCAGCAAGUACAUCAGAAGAAAUUAUAAAUAAUAUUUCAAAUAAUAUUAAGCUAAAAGAUUUAUUUGGUUUUUCAUUAUUUAUUACAUUGUAUGAUAAAAUUUUAUCACUUGGUGCUGGAAAAGAUCAUGUAUUAGAUGCAAUUUGUCAGUGUGAACAAUAUUCAAGAGAACAAGGACAAUCUGAACGUUCAGCUAAAUGGAAAUUAUAUUUAAGAAAAGAAAUAUUUUCACCUUGGCAUGAUUCAAGUCUUGAUUCAGUAUCAACAAAUUUAAUUUAUCAUCAAAUAAUAAGAGGUAUUAAAUUUGGUGAAUAUCGAUGUAACAAUGAGGCUGAUGUUGCAAUGAUUGUUGCACAACAAUUAUACAUUGAACAUCAAUCAGCAUUGACUCAACAAAAUAUUAAAAAUUCUAUUCACAUGUAUAUACCUGAUCAUCUGUUACAAUCAGCUGCUAAUGAGGCAUUGCCAAAAUGGGAAAAACUAAUAUUAGAAGCAUAUAAAAAAAAUAUAAAUAUCAUGGAAAAAUCAACAAUUGCAAAAGCUAAAGAUGACAUUGUUUAUUUUGCCAAACAAACUUGGCCAAUUUUAUUUUCAAGAUUUUAUGAAGCUGUUAAAAUUUCUGGACCAGAAAUUUCAGUUAAUAAUUUAAUUAUUGCUGUCAAUUGGACUGGAAUUUAUCUUAUUGAUAAUCAAGAAGAAAUACUGCUAGAAAUUUCAUUUCCAGAAUUGGCUGAUUUAAUAAUUGAUACAAAAAAAAAUAUUGUAUUAACGACAAUUCAAAGAGAAGAAUUUGUAUUUAAAAUUUUUGAAGCUGAAGAUUUAGCAUCAUUGAUUAAUUAUUUAAUGGAUGGUCUUCGUGAAAAAUCUAUUUAUGCUGUGGCAAUUCAGGAUUAUGUUAACAACUAUGAUGGUUUAGAAAAACAAGAGAAUAAAUAUCUUUCUUUACUUCGAGGAGAUUUAGUAAAAUUAACAAAUGAUUGUCGAGGAUUGAGUCUUUUAAAUUCCACCUGGGGAACUGGUGAAGUUAAUGGUAUUCAAGGUAAAUUUCCAUCAGAAUGUGUGCAUGUUCUUCCAACAUUGGUAAAGCCAACAACACCAGUUAUGGAAAUUUUUAAAAAUAUCUACACAAAAAAUAAUACUCUGGCAAGAAAAAAAAUAUUAAAUAAUAAUAGUAACAACAAGAAUCAUGAAUAUACUUUGAAGAAAUUUGCUAAUAUAUAUUUCCGUAAAAGUUACAAUGUUACUGUAUCAAAAAGUUCUAGUUUACAAACAGCAAAAGGAACAGUACCAGAAACUUUAUGGAAACACACACGAACACCAAUAAAAUCUCCAUUAUUAUUAAAAACUUGUGAAAGCAAAGAACUAUCAGAAAUUGGUGUAUCAAUAUUUUCAAAUAUUUUAAAAUACAUGGGAGAUAUGCCAAGUAAUAAACAACGAGGUGGUACUGAUUGGACUGAUCUUAUUUUUGAACCAGCAUUAAAAAAUUUAGACAUUUGUGAUGAAGUAUAUUGUCAAAUAAUACGUCAAUUAACAAACAAUAAAAUUCGUUUGAGUGAAGAAAGAGGCUGGGAGUUAAUGUGGCUGGCAACUGGUAUAAUGACAUGUUCAAGUCUAGUUCGAAAAGAAGUCAUGAACUUUCUUGAACUAUCAUCAAAUUCUAUUAGUGAAAAUUGUAUUGAACGUUUAAAAAAAAUUAAUGAAAUUGGAAAUAGAAAAUAUGCUCCAUAUAUUCUUGAAGUUGAGGCAAUUAGAUUUAAAAGUUUACAAAUAUUUCAUCGUAUUUAUUUUCCAAAUGAUACAAAUGAAGCAUUUGAAGUUACAUCAUCAACAAAAUCACAUGAACUUUGUGAAGAAAUAAGUGAAAGAAUGCAAUUAAAAAAUAGUAAUGGUUUUAGUCUUUUUGUUAAAAUAGCUGAUAAGGUAUUUUCAAUACCUUAUCAAUAUUAUUUCUUUGAUUUUAUCAAUGAAUUAAUGGAAUGGAAAAAAAAAUCAAUGCUUGUUAAAAUAUCAAGUAAUACACAAGUACAAUAUCAAAUAUUUUUUAUGAAAAAGUUAUGGAUUAAUUCAUGUCCUGGUGAUGAUUCAAAUGCUGAUGAAAUUUUUUAUUUCUAUCAAGAAUUUCCAAAGUAUUUACGUGGUUAUCACAAGUGCAGUAAGCAAGAUGCUGUUAAACUUGGAGCAUUAAUUUAUCGUAGUAGAUAUGGUGAUUCAAAGGAUGAACUUUCAAUGAUAUCAGACAAAUUACAAGAAUAUAUUCCAGCUGAUUUACUUCAUGUUUAUCGUCCAAAUGAUUGGAAGAAACACAUUACAUUGGCUUAUAAACAACAGUCUCAUCUUACAAUUUCUAUGGCGAAACUUGAAUUUAUCAAGUGUAUUUAUCAAUGGCCAACAUUUGGCUCAGCAUUUUUUGAAGUUAAACAAUCAUCUGAUACAAAUUUUCCAGACUUUUUAAUAAUUGCCAUUAAUAAAAAUGGUGUUUUUAUUAUACAUCCACAGACUAAAGAUAUUUUAGCUACAUGGGGAUUUAAUGAACUUUCAAAUUGGUCAUCAGGAAAUACAUAUUUUCAUAUGACUAUUGGAAAUUUUAUGAAAAGUCAAAAAAUAUUAUGUGAAACUGCUCAGGGUUAUAAAAUGGAUGAUCUUAUAUCUUCUUAUAUUUUUUAUUUUAAAUUUAAAAAAUAAUUGAAUUUGAAUUUUUAUUGGGAAAAUUCUCUUGAAUAAAUUUCUUUAAAUAUUGUAAAAAUAUAUUAAUUUAAAUGUAUUGAUUUUAAAAUGAAAAAAUAAUAUUAAAAAAAAUUGUUAUUUCAAUGAAAUAUGGUAAUUUUGUAUGCAUAUCAAUGAUCAAUUUGAAAUUUAUUAAUUACAUGAGAUUACAUGUAAAAGAAAAAAAUACAAAUAGUAUAAGAGUGAUUAAGAAAGAAAAUUUUAUUAUUUAUUCUAUUGAUAACCAAUUAAAUAUCCAGAAGAUCAAUGACGACUGUCCUUUUUGUAUAAGAGAAAAUAUACAGGAAAAUAAUAUUUUAAUGCAAAUUCUUUGAUAUUUAUUUUUUUCAUAGCGAUUAAUCGUAAUUACGAAAAAAAAUGAAUAUAGAUAAUUUUGCAAUUAGGUUACCUUCGUUAAUAAUGCCUACUCAUUAUCAAAAAAAAAAAAACUAAAAUAUUAUGAUAAAAAAAAAUAAACUGGUUUAAAUA